AGAGGCGGCCAUUGCCCUCAAGGGGCCAGAAGGGGGCGGUGUGUCUUUCUUUCUCUGUCGGGGGCCAAAGUGCUCGCCUUAAGAUGGCAGCUCCCUUUCUCCGUUAGUUUUGGGGAGGAGUGAGGGCUAAUAGAUGCUCGCCUCUUGGCUGCCACUCGGGGUUUCACUCGCCUUCAGCCUUUUCGCUUUUGCUUUUUGGAAAGGGGAGGAAACCUCCAAGAAGGCAUUCAACAAUAUGAAGCCCGUUAUUGUGGUUCAUGGUGGAGCUGGUCGUAUCUUUAAAGAGCGAGAAAAUGGAAGUCGCUCCGGCGUCACUAGAGCAGCUCUGAAAGGUUACAAUAUCCUUAAACAAGGAGGGAGUGCAUUAGAUGCUGUUGAAGAAGCUGUGGUGGUAAUGGAAAAUGAUCCACAUUUUAAUGCAGGUUGUGGCUCUGUAUUAAAUGAGAAGGGUGAAGUAGAAAUGGAUGCCAUUAUCAUGGAUGGAAAAAAUCUGACCUCAGGAGCAGUAUCUGCAGUGAAAUGUAUAGCCAAUCCAAUCAAGCUUGCUCGACUUGUCAUGGAAAAGACAGACCACAUGCUGCUGACUGAUCAGGGAGCCCUUGCCUUUGCCAGGGCCAUGGGAGUUCCUGAGGUUCCUGGAGAGACAUUAAUCACAGAAAGGUCACUGGAGAGAUGGAAGAAAAACCUUGAGGCUGAUUCAAACCCUCAGGAGUUUCAAAAAGAUCUUGGAACAGUUGGAGCCGUUGCUAUCGACAGUGCGGGAAAUGUAGCUUGUGCAACAUCAACAGGGGGACUUACUAACAAACGGGUUGGCCGCGUUGGUGAUACAGCCUGCAUAGGAAGUGGUGGCUAUGCAGAUAAUAUUGUUGGUGCCACCUCUACCACAGGCCAUGGAGAGAGCAUUAUGAAAGUGGUUCUAGCAAGACUUAUCCUCUAUCAUAUGGAACAAGGGAAAUCACCAGAAGAUGCUGCUGAUGUGGCCCUAAAUUACAUGAAAACCAGAGUUGGAGGAUUAGGUGGGGUGAUUGUGGUCAGCAGUUCAGGAGAUUGGGCGGCGAGGUUCUCCACUAAGCAGAUGGCUUGGGCUACAGUAAAAGAUGAUCAGCUCCAGAGUGGCAUUUUCACUGGAGAGAAAAACACACAGUCAAUUAAAGAAGCCAUUAGCUCCAUGGAAUCCUAAAUACAAGAAAUGAAAGGAACAGAAGGUGACAGAAAGAAGAUUAUAGACCAAGCACCCCAGAUGUUAUUGAAUUGCAGUUCCCAUAAUGCCUCGCCAUUGGCUAUGUUGGCUAGGGCUAAUGGAAGUUGCAGGCACACUCCACAGCUCUGCUGGAAAUGUUUAUUGGGAAUUGAAGAUGUUCCCUUUGAGAAUGAAACAUACCCUUUUUAGCAAAAUCAAUAUUUUGAGGGCUCCUUCCCACAAGAUAGGCACAUUCUUGUUGCUUGUCUAUGCUUGUGGUUGUAUUAUUUCCAAAGUUCCAUUUUUGAGCUCAGUUUGCAGCAGUUGAAGUCAGUUGAGGAGAAAGGGAGGAAGUGGGAGGAAGAGAGGGAAACUGAGACAAUUAGAAGCAGCUGAAAAAGUGGGAUGAUGAGGGAUUUGUUGCAGCUAUCCUUGCAAAACCAGGACAGUUGGAAGGUAUGUUGUUGCAGAAUGAUAAACUAAAGGCUUACUCUGUAAAUUGUAACUAUGGCAGUAGCUAACUAGUUUGGUGGCUAGGAGCUAUAAUUAUAAUGAAUUACAUUGAAAAGUAAUGUCCAAGUUCUGUGCAGCAUCAGAGUUGCCAUCACUACUUUUUGUUACAGAAUAUGGUUGUAGUAGGACAUAGUUUGAAUUAUUUCAGUAAUCACUCUGAAAAUAUAAUACUGCAGAAGAGAUUUUUCUUCGAGUUUCCAAUGUUUCCACUGCACAAACUAGGAAAAAUGUCUUCCUUCCCUUUCUUUAUAAAGCAAAGUAGGUAUCUCUGAUUGUCACCAGAGAGGUUUUCAAGUUUUUCUAGGCUUUCCAUCCUCUGAUUCUUCCCCGUUCUUGCUGCUUUUUGCUUCUGUUCCAAUAUUGUAUAUAAUGGGUCUUGGAAUCAAACCCCAGUGGAUACCAAGGUCACACUAUGUAAUCCCAAGUGCUGGGAUCAAAGGUGUUUCCCUGAUGAGUUGGAGUUCCCAAACUAAGGGGAUUAGAGCCUGACAGAGACUUAGUGGGUGCAAACAAUGAUGAUCGACAACUUAAUUAGUGAUCACCCUUUCGGCCAAAUGUCUGGACAUUGUUGUUACUGCUUUAGAUUCUAUUUGAUUACGUUGCCAAUUGUCUUGCAUUAACUAAUUAUUAGUUGCUUGCUGAGGUGUAAAUGCAGUCACUGUAUGUGCUCUGCACUUCUGACCCUUUCUUGCUAGUGCUUUGCCAGAGCUUAAACCAUGUAAUGCAUUGUAGCAUGCAGCUCAUUAAGUACUUGGCUGCACUCAGACAUAAUGACCAUUGUCCAUUAUGCAUGCAUGGCAACAUAGCAAGCUAUCUGCUUAGCAACACCAACCUCACUGAACACACCACUCCAGUGUGGGGUCCUUGCUGUAUAAUUCAUUCAGCCAUCGCUGCAACAUACACACUGAAUAUAAACUAAAGUACAUUCACUACUCAUCUACCCCCUUCCCCCACCAUUAGUUGGUUGCAACAGAUCGUUUAACUUUUGCAGUUCUACGUUUAUAAUGAUAUUUGGUUGUGACUUGAAGCCUACUGCAAAUGUUAAUGCUAUUUUAAUACUGUGAAAAACCAGCCAAGCAAAAUGCAGUUUAUGGCAUAACAAUAUUUGUUCAGCUUGCAAGAAUCAUAUUUACUUCAGUGCAGCAUUUUCAGUGGAUGGAGCAAAUAAGAAAAUGUCUUGUAAUAAAUUACUCUAACUCUAACUCUGUUUUCUGAGAAAAUGGUGGGUGUGAGUGUGCACCAUGCACCAAGUUUUCAAAUCUAAGCUUUUCUCUAAAUAUGUAAAUUCCUCCCUUGCACCUUCAGGAUGACAUUUGACUGCAUGAAACAGGCAUUCAUACACAUAAAUGUUGAAUUAGCAUUUAUGAAAAGAGAGGGGGAGAGGGCAGUUGUAAAGGAGAAGCAAAUCAUGGGCUGGUAAGAAUUAUUGAAAGUGUUAUAGCAGAAUAAUCACAAUUAAAUGUUAAUUUAAUUAGUGAAAGAUUAUAGCUGUCUUGUGACUUUAACCCCCAGCCCUAGCAAUGUGAUUUUAUUACAAAAACCAUUUUGCAAGAAUGAAUUGUAACUUUGUAUGAAAUAAAGUAAAAUUGUGGCUGUU